AUGUGGUUAAUGUGCUGUCUACACAGUGACGAUGACGAGGUCCUGGCGAGAGAGCUGAUGAACAAGAUGACGCCGGCAGUUCUGAGCAAGCUGCGCAGGAGUUUCAGGAAGAACAAGCAGCGGAGCCAGGCUUGCGAUAUUGACAGACGAGUGGAGCAAGUGAUGAGGGCAGCAGCAGCGGAGGAGGGCAUCCAGUUCGCAGCGCCGGCCAAGCCGCUGGAAGACUCCUUAUGGCUCGACGAGGCUGGCUUUGUUAGUGCCUUGGACACCAUCUUUGGCCACCAUAAAUAUACCACGCACUCUCACAAGCUCUUCCAACUCCUCGACCCCUUCCACAGUGGGAAGGUCUGGUGGCGGCAGCUGGUCAACCGUCUGGUGGCCGUUGGGGCGAGGAAGACCAGCUCCAGGGCAGACGUGUGGAAUCAUGUGAAGGAGGGGGCGGUGAAGAGACUGGAGCAUUGCAAGGUACCUACGGCUGAUGGCACAAGAUAA